AUUUUACGAACAGAAUUCUUAUUGGAAGCAAACAACAUUUGGUGUUAGAUCAAAAUUGUAUUUUAUUAAAUAUACGUGCCAGUCAGCAAGUAAAAAGUUAAUUAUUUAAAAUAUGGGUGCUGCAUUCUUCCCCGUGUUGUUUUUCACUGCCGUUUGGGGUGGUGUGGGUAUUGCAAUGCCCGUUAUGACACCAAAAGGUCCACAUCAAAAUUUAAUACGCUGCAUCCUGAUGCUGACUGCGGCUUGUUGCUGGCUUUUCUGGCUGUGCUGCUACAUGGCCCAAAUGAACCCAUUGAUUGGGCCAAAACUGAAGCGACAUGCCAUUGCAAUGAUUGCCAAGUCGUGGGACAACAAACUCGUCGAGGGAUAAAUGUAGCUCAAUUGCUUGUUGUAUAAACUAUGUUAUUCACAAAUGUAUAAAAUAAAUAACUAAUAAA